AUGAUAAAGCACUUAGUAAGUAGUGAUGAUGAUGAUGAUGAUGAUGAUGAUGAUGAUGAUGAUGAUGAUGAUGAUGAUGAUGAUGAUGAUGAUGAUGAUGAUGAUGAUGAUGAUGAUGAUGAUGAUGAUGAUGAUGAUGAUGAUGAUGAUGAUGAAACCAUUCGAAGCCUACAGAGAAUACUUCAAAGUAAAAGUAGUUUGUAA